CCUGCCUUCACUUCUGGCUGAUUUUUUUUAAUGUUUCCUGUCUUGUUUUUCACCUCAUUUUCUGCAGCCGUCUCGUUCCAUUUCACGUCUUGUUGUCUUCGAACCUACUCGUACAUGCUGCAAUGUGGCCAACUCACAACCUGACGUACGGAUUUGUCUCCCCGGCGGCGUCUUUUUUUCAUUUUGGUAGCGAUGGAUUGAUUUUUUUGGACUAAAAAAAAAAGGCGUUUAAAUGCACGUGCCAUCGAGGGAAUAUUCCACUUUUCAGCAAGAAAAGGUGCACGGGCCCUUGUUGCCUUGUAGCGGCCUACAAGGUGCUGGCCAUGAAGGGUCCGAACGCUGCAGAGAACCACCGCCUUCUCGGCCUGCUGGAGGCGGCACUGGUGCGAGAGGCCCGCCUCUGGAAGGUCCCCGUCUCCAAAGAUGGAUGCAUUCAGGGUGCUGACAUCUCGUCGUCCCAACACCAAGACAUGAUCGUCUGGCUGAGGGACAUGAAUAGACGCUUCCAGUUCUGUCCAGAGACAUUCGCGCUGGGGGUGUGUGUCCUCAACAGGUUGCUGGCCACCGUCAAGGCCCAACCAAAAUAUCUCAAAUGCAUCGCUUUGACCUCCCUGGUGCUGGCAGCCAAAAUCAACGAGGAAGACGAGGUGGUGGGUUCAGUUAGCGACCUGGUUGCCGCGAGCGGAUGCAACUUUUCAGCGGCGGAGAUUGUUCGCAUGGAGCGGAUCAUUCUGGACAAACUGCAGUGGGACUUGUACACGGCCACGCCCAUCGACUUCAUUCACAUCGUAAGUCGGUGAAGUCGCUCAAACGGGGGAUUGUUCUCUGCAGCCAAGAUGGCGGCUGUUGCGUAACUUUUGACUGACCCAUCCAAACCUCAUCAAAGUAAAACCGACUUUGUUUGCCAGAGUUUUUCUCCCCGACAAUCGCGUCAGACGUCGCUUGAUCAGAUUUACCUGGCCGGGAAAUGCGCUCAUCCGCUCGGUGUAAUCUCGCCGUGCAUCCUCGCUAAUUCCACCAACCUCCUUUCCCUUCCGUAAAGAUCAGCGCCAUAGUGCUGAUCGUUCUUAAAGCCACAACCCAUAAAAAUGACCCUUUUUUCCCGUUUCCUGGAUUGGACUAAUGCCCCUUUUCCACUGCACGGUACCUACUCGCUUCUGCUGCUUUUCCAUUAGCAAAAGUGGGCACUGUCCAGUAGGCUGGUGUGAUUAUAUACCAGUGAUUCUCAAACUGAUCUCGUGGGACGCCAAAUAAUCACUUAAGUAUUCAAACACAGUGUUACUGUUCAAACUGUGUGUAAUGUUACAGAGGCCUGAAAAUAUUAAAUACACUUGUUAACUAAAAACUUUGCCUUGUUUUUGAUGAAUAUCUGGGCCUACUACACUACUGUAUCUUAAUGUUGAUCAUUAUGGUGGUACCUAAAGAGCCAAGUGUUUUCUGAAGUGAAAAAAGUUCAUCAACCACCGAUAUAAAUGGUAUCAAUUCGGCCGACAAUAGAGCUUUUGAUACUAUCGUUCUACUGUGACGAUGCAUGUUGAUGACACAUUCUGCUUGUCCCGUAAAUUUGACAAGUGAGCGAAGGCUACUAUAACUUCCCUCCUCAAUGUUUUAAAGUCACUAAUCUUCACCUCCGUGGCGGCGGACAAAUUGCGUUUCUUACAAGUAGUGAUGGGUAAAUGACGACUCAGUGAGUGUAUGGCACACUCACGAGCUGUAUUGACACUGCACUGAUAUUGUUAGUUUCAUAACGUUCAUCUGCUGGAUUGAAGAUAUUACAAAUACAAUUCAUAGGUAAAAUUUUUAGUGAAUUGUGCAGAAAGGAAUAUGAAAUGCGUACAAUGAGCCAAAUGGUGAACAGGAAAAUAUUUACCUUAUUUGGCACUGUAAGAUCAAAAUAAUGCCACACUUUAGAUUUUUUUUUCCUUUUUCAUAGUUUAAUUUAGAUCGAUGAUAGAAACUAAAAC